GGUGGCGAUGCUCGAGCAGACGGCGAAGAGCCGCUACCGCUGCUGGCUGUGACGACCCUCCGAUCCGGCUUCACGGCACCAGACUCCCGCAUCCGUCCGCGCGGCGCCGCACCUGCGACAGCGCUGCCGUUCAAUACCAUGGCGAGGCGAGGAGGACGCGAAAACAUCUAAACGGGCGCCUCUCCUCCAAAAGACAAGACGGGAGGCAGAAUGAGUGAAGAGGUGCCAGUUUCUCCCAGCUGGCUAGCUCAAGAACCCACCUGGGGCAGCAGCGGCGCAGGGAGCAUAGAAAACAUCACCGUCGGAACCUACCCACCCGCGGUUGUCUUGCCAGCGCGGCCGCCCGCUGAGCUAUUGGUGAACCCGUGGGACAUCGUGCUGUGUUCAUCCGGCACCCUCAUAGCCUGCGAGAAUGCCCUGGUGGUUUUGGUCAUCUGGCAGAACCCGGCACUGCGCGCCCCGAUGUUUUUGCUGAUUGGCAGCCUAGCUCUAGCCGACUUAUUGGCAGGUCUAGGGUUAGUCCUGCACUUCACCUUCGCUUACCUGCUCAGAUCUGACUCGGCGCAGCUGCUGACCGUAGGUCUGGUGGUGGCGUCCUUCUCGGCGUCCGUUUUUAGCCUGCUAGCUAUCACCAUCGACCGCUACCUGUCGCUAUACUACGCCCUCACCUACAACUCGGAGCGAACAGCAGCGUUCACAUACACCAUGCUGGUGCUUCUAUGGGGAGUUUCGUUGUGUUUGGGUUUGCUGCCGGUUACCGGCGUGAACUGCUUGGGCCAGGAGGCGAACUGCAGCGUGGUUUGGCCCCUAACAAAAAACAACGUAGCCGUUCUGUCCGUCUCCUUUCUUCUACUGUUCGGCCUCAUGCUUCAGCUCUACGUGCAGAUUUGUAAAAUCGUCAUGCGACAUGCGCACCAAAUCGCCCUACAACAUCACUUUUUAGCAGCGAGUCCUCACUACGUCACGACGCGGAAAGGCGUAUCCACCCUGGCGAUCAUUUUGGGCACAUUUGCAGCUUGCUGGAUGCCGUUUACAGUUUACUCGCUCAUAGCCGAUUAUACCUACCCACCCCUUUACACGUAUGCCACCCUGGUUCCCGCCACCUACAACUCCGUGAUCAACCCUGUGAUUUACGCCUUCCGCAAUCAAGAGAUCCAGAAAGCGUUGUGGCUGGUGUGCUGCGGAUGCAUCCCUGCCAGCGUGGCCCACCGGGCACGGACCCCCAGCGACGUCUGAUGUGCCUCGGGAAUUACACAGGCCGGAGAUUCUCCCGAUCCAUGGGACAAGAAGGGGCGUGCGCGUCACCCGUUUAUGUCUUCCCCUAAUUGUUAUGUGACAACCACUGCCACACAAUCUUUGCCUGAUCCCAGUCCGACCAGCUGCCACACCCUUUCCAAGAAAAAAAAAGGGGGCUGAAACGGAUGCUGUGUGGCAGGCAGCUGUAAAUAUCUUGUAUAUAUGCCUUUGCAUUUUUGUGCUAGUUUUGGCUUGGCCACAGCGACAGCCCCCCUGUUGCACGGGCUGUGAGGGAGGAGGAGGAUGAGGGGCAGCACGAGGCAGUCCUCUUGACUGGAUCCUGAAGCUCAUUCAUCUCGUCCUGCUGUUGCUGCAUUCAAGAACGUGCGCUGAACGUUAAGUAACCGCGGUGUGCUAAAAAUAGACUAGGCGCUCGGUGAUCCGCGCCUUGCGUCCUCCGAAGAUACCGACCUGGAGAACGCGCGUGCGAGCGAGAGAGAGAGAGAGAGAGAGAGAGGCAGGCGCGCGCUCUCUCUUCUGUUUGAUUUAAAUCUCAACCCAAGCGUGGCCGAAUGUAAAAUGUCCUCCAAAGCAGAAAACCACGAAGAGCUAACUACAAUCUCAGAACGAGAACCACUCUAAAUAACCGAACCCAUCGAUGCCUUUAUUUUGGUUUAGAACGCAAGUCAAACCAUGUCUGCAUUCUCUUCCAUAAACGCGGGAUGAAAGUGUAUGUAUGUUCAUUUAAACAGCCCCAUGUGAAUAGAGGCUCACUUCAAAGAACUGUUGAGUACAAAACGUGCAUUAAGUGGCUGAGAAUGAGAGGUUUGUUUAUAUGCAGCGACAUCGAGGAUGGAACCGAAUGUAUUUUCUAUUGAUUUGCUUUUAAUUUGCAUUGUCAUUGUCGCUCUGAAUAGAGUGCUGCUCCGUUUAUUAUGUUCAACUGAUAAUUACCACUGGAUAUGGCAUAGCUGUCACAAUGGUAGUUCGUACCAUUUUGCUUGAAAUUGAAAUGUAUUGCAUUUGCAAAGAAUGAUGAUUUGGGCAUGAUAUUUAGAUAUAUUAAUCAGAGGUAUUUUGCUCGAAACAAUGAGUGAAGCUUUUCAUCCCAAAAUCAAAAGAAAAAAUGAAUUUCACUUUGACAUUAUUUUAAAUAAUCACAAUACGAUUCAAUGAUUUAUAUAACCCCGAGUAAAAAACAAAACAAUACAAUAAAUGGGACAGAUAUAUAAAUAUAUAUUUUAAGAAUUAUAUGUUAUAUAAUGCAUAUAUAAUCAGAUUAGAUAAUUGGUUAUAUAACCGUGUAAUUAUAUAAUAUCAUUUUUCUUAUAAUUAAUAGAUAUGCUUUACUGAAUUUAUGCAAAGUACAUUUUUUCUUCUGAUAUUAGGGUGGAAUAUGACCUGGACAAGAUUUCAUGGGAUUCACCCUUGAUAAAUGAUAUUCUAAAAUGACGAAACUGUUGCAAGAUGUGCCAGCCAAGCUUCACUUCAACUCUCAGAUGAGCCUUCCGUAGAUUUAACCUGAUUGUUAGUAAACUGGUGAGUCUCUUCUAAUGGUCCACCCGACACAAUUAUAAUGAGGAGAACAGCUGGCCUCUCAGACCUGGCAAAUGUCAGAUGAGGGAGAGUGUUAUUAUGAAAUCUAUCUUUUCGUACUUUCAUCACAACUGAGGCUGGAGUCAUGCUACUAUUAUGAGAAGUUCACCCCUGAAGCUUUUUACCUUACGCCCUCCAAAUGCCAACCAGCCACUAUCCAUUUCAGUGCUGUGGCAGAAUCCAUCAGCGAGCAAUAACUACGGACCAAGCGAUUCAUCAAAUUAUAGCAAUACUCUGGCAGCAAUAACAGCCGUGCCCAAGCAAAACCAACACCUCAGCUAGCCGAAAAAAAACGCAUCCAUGAAAAACCCACCACAAAAAUACCCAGUGGAUUCCAAGAACGACUGACAACUGUACUUAUUUCAACAUCAUCCAAAUGAUAUUAGUGAAUUUGGGAUUAGAAAAAAAAACAGAAACUGGACAGAUGUCCCAAUCCCUGUAAACAUGUCCAUAAUCUCACAGCCUCGUGUUCUGUCGUCCAGAAAGUGACUGUGCCCUGCCUGUGGUCAUUUACGAUAUCUAACUUUGAAUGAAAUCUCUCUGUACACUCAAUUUGACCUACUCUGCCGUAUGCAUUUGCUUUUGUGAACUUUAGAGAUGUUUAUAAUGUGUGAGGAACGUGAUGUGUAAGGCGUGACUGUCGGUGCAUGGCCACGUGUGUGCGUGUACGUGUGAACGCAUGCAUAUAUGUUCGUCUCUCCAGGGACAAUGAUGUAGUUGGGGGUAAUAAUGUAUAUUCCCCAUAGACCUGCAUGGGCUAGAGUGGCUACCAGUCUUCCCAUUGCACCCUCUUUACAUCGUGCCUGCGGGUCGGACACACCCUCGUGACCUUUUUUGCCUGAGUGACCUCUAUACAAUUCCAUUGAAACAGCACAUGAGCGGUAGGGAGCAGGUUCGUGAGUUUUAAUAGGGCUUAGCAUGGAGGCGAUGAUUGGUCUGUUGGGGGCCUCGUCUGAUCUUUGAGGAAUAACUUAUUUUGCUAUAUUCAUCGAAAGUCUCUAUUUUUCCCCCUCAGUCUGGAUUCUUUGGAAUUCCUGAGAUUUUAUUUUGUAUUCUGAUGCGCUGUACGGUCUCUUUCUGAAUGUAUCGACAAAGACAUUCUUAUCGUUACUAUGGCCGAUCGUCUUGAUCCUGUAAAUAAGGCAUGCGACUUUAAGGGGGCAUGAUGGCAACUCUCACCUGAUGUCAUAGAGCGAUGUGGUGAUGACGUAUUUUUGUUAGCAUCUUGUUAGCAAGUUAGCAUCAUCCUGGUUUCCACUGACAAAUACCAAUAGGAUUUUUCCAGUUUCCAUUUUUCCAGAAAAUAAGCUCUGUGACCCACAAAAAAAAAAAAUCAUAAUCAUCACAAUGAACUUCACAAAUGAAUUUAGGCGUAAAUACGAACAUAAUCAGGUUAGCCAGUUCAUAUUUUUUUGGUUCCCAGAACAUUCUGGUAACGUACGUUUCUGGUUCCCAUAACAGAUGUUGAGGUGUUUUUUGUUGGUUAUAGCCAGGAAAGGUUUCUUCAUAUAAACGUUACAUAAAAUGUUUCCUUUAGAUAAAGAGAACUUUCCCAGAAAAUAACUAAAAGGGAAACAUAUGGAAAUAUUAGAGGAAAUGUUCUGUGUUUGAUGGAUAGGCUCUUUGAUAAAUUUAACACGGAAAACAGGGCUGUGAGUGAUAGACAUACAGUCUUUACAAUGGCACGCACUAGACCACCUAUUUUUCACAGCUCACAAUGUCUAAAGCUGUUUUAUCCACUUAAAGUUUUUUUUUUUUUUUUCCAGAAAGAUUUCAUCAGCUGAACAGUCAGUAUGUUGACAAGAGUGCAAUCCACUGAGUGCCCUACUUUAGCCCCUCACAGCCUUGUUUUCAUUUCUGUCAGAAUAUUAAAUAUUGGGAUACCCUGACUAGAGACUAGACUUGAAUAGUUUGUAAGAGUGAUUUUAACCCGUUUUAGACUAAAAGCAAACUACGAAUAGACGACUUUACCUGUUUAGCGUGAGGUCUUUAAAGCAACUGUAUGUAGCUUUGAGUAUUUUUUGCGACUUUGGAGCCCCCUACAGUUAAGUGAGUGUAAUUCACUGUCGUAAAUAUAUCACUCCUGUGGUAAAACCAGUAGCUGUCGCUCUUUUCGCGGAAUUUCACACUUGCUCGUCUAGAACAGAUGUUUGGCUUUUUACAACGAUACUAAAACUGACUUUUCAAAGUCAAAAACAACAACAAAUAUACAUACAGUUUCUUUAAUGUACGCUGAAAUUCCCGUUUCGCUAGGCUACUUGCUAACAGCUGGAUUUUUUCAAGAUGAAGUAAAAGAAUUUAAACACCACAAAGUGUUAUAUUGAUGUAUUUUAUUUUGUAGAAUAAAACAAACAUGAAAAUAUGUUGAGCUUGUGUUAACCCCUGACCUUAUUUCAGGCAUUUACCCAAAAAUCACUGAAAAAAUCACUGAACUAAAAAUGUUAUUUCCGGUGAAGGCCUACAAAAAUACGUCAUUCUGCAAUGCUCUAUUCUGAAACAGUUAACCUUGAGCCACAUUCCAAUGUCUCCUAUUGCCUGGGCAUGCUUGUCUACAGCUGAUUGAGAGGGUUAAUGCUUGAUGCACAGCCGUUUGGUCAGAAAUGACCAAGGGAUUAUUGCUGUGGCUUUUGAGGGUUAGGCCUCUGCCUAAAACAUCAUAUCUCCUUCUGUUUUUGAAAAGAGCUUUGUAAAAUGAUGUUAUCAUGCUUUGUGCCUGGUCUCUGAUGGAUUUUCCACAUGCAGAUGGACGUUUGCCGAUUGAAUCUUUGAUUUAAAUAGUCUUGUAUCCAACUGUAGAUGAUUGUGCUCUGUAAUCCAAUGUAAGAGCUUGAAAAUGUCAAACUGAAGGGUGAAAAAGCACUCGGAUGGGAGUCUGCCUCCGAUUCUGGUUUAUUUGAGGAGUAGAAAAGAAAAUCAUAUCUGGAUUGAUGUCUUGUGAGGAAACUUUACACAUUAACACUAAAAUUCAGGCUUGUUCUGUACUUUAUUUAGUAUCUAGAAUCGAAAUCUUGAACAAUCCGAGGGGCAGUCGGGUGCAUCGGUUUCAGCAUCUUGUGUACACGUAUGCGUAGUUUUAACUGUGAAAUGCACUUUAUUUUUUUGAUGAGAAAAGGCACAACAAAUUACUUAUCUGCAAAACAAUAUUCUAAGAAUUAUAAUCAACAUGCACUAAUUAACAUUGUAAGACAUUGUGUUAACGUGUUGUAUAUUUUUCCAAGGUGUUGGUUGUAUACUUUUAUUGCUUCGGUUAGUUUAAUGAACUGAGAGAUCUUGUUAAUUUUGUAUUAAAAAGAAUGUGCUGUGCAUUAAAAA